AUGGAAGCAUCCAAAGUUGAACAACGUGGUGUAAUCAGAUUCCUAGUUGCUGAAGGUUGUGGACCCACUGCAAUUCAUCGACGAAUGCAACAAGUGUAUGGUCCAUACACCAUAAGCCUUGCUCAGGUUAAGGUGUGGGUAAAAAAAUUUAAGGAAGGUUUGACAAGUUUGAAGGACAAGCAACGUUCAGGACGUCCACAACAUGCAGCCACAUCACAGAAUGUGCAAAUGGUAGAAGAUCUCAUGCUUGCAAACAGACAGAUAAAGCUCCGUGAUAUAGCAGCUGCAACAGGACUGAGUUUUGGUACUGUGCACAAAAUUGUGCACAAACAUUUGAAUUUCAGUAAAGUGUGUGCACAGUGGGUACCACAUUCUCUCAAUGAAGAACAGAAAACUCCAGACGGGCUUGCCAUUGAAGCAUCUCAGACAUGCUUACAAACAGAUGGAUAA